UCUACACUUCAGUUGUAACUACACCGACGGAUGCUUGCUUAGGACCGUAGGAAGGGUGAAGAGAAAGACUGACUUCAGGAGCUCUCAAUGGUUUCAUCUGAAGGCAGAUGUCAUGAAUUACACAGAACCGGUUGUGGAGAAGGCCGUCAACUCCUGGUCCAGAAUAGCCUCAGCGGGACAGACUGUCCUUUUCGAGGCAUUACAGAUCCUAAACCCUAUGUCGAAAGAUCUUUCAGACACCGAGGAACUGGUAUCCUUUCUGCAAGGACUUAAGGAAGAGGGCCAUAAGCCCAAAGUGCUACGAAGCAAAGAUGUGUACGGUUACAGGUCAUGUACAGCGAAAACCCUCCCGGAAGACAUGUGCUCUAUGGACGUAGCCAGCAAGGGUCCAGGGGCAGGCAAGAAGAGGGGACGGAAGAGUAAGAAAAGAAAGAAAAAAAAGGAGUGUAACAAUUACGCAUCGUGGAGUAGUGCAAGUGCAUCAGAAUCUCACAAGAGAUCGGUCUUUUCCAGACCUCCGAUUCUGACUAUACAUCCUGCCCAGCUGCAGCAGCAGUACCUGAAGCUAACGAACAUUACAGGUUUAAUGAGAGGUCACACUGCGAGAAUGCAGAUUCACUCUCAACCUCCAACACUUUCAGGAAUACCGUUACUGCCGUCGCCGAACACAGGUAGAACACCUAAAGCUGUGGCCAUGAACGGCCGAGGAGUUUACAACUACAAGACUGACGUGUCAAACCACAGACGGUCCUGGACGGAUGACCAAUCUCUGUGGAUGAUGAACCGUCAGGAGGAGUGUCGGCUGGACGAGAACAGUUUGAGGUGGAAGGUGAUCAAAGUGGACGAUUGCGUCACGGUUGAGGAACUGAGGAGGAAGGCCCAGAGGAUCUUGCAG